AUGAGAAAUUACCUUUUUGGACUGUUAAUUUUGGUUUUUAAUGAUGUGAAUGCAUGUCAGACUAUUAAAUUGGAUUUGUCAUCUAAAGUAAGUUGAUUUAAAAAUGUAAAAACUACGUAUUGUAGUUGACAGGUGAUGGGUUUCAUCGAACAAUUUAUGUAAGCGCGGAGGUUUCGAGUAUGAAACGUUUAACGGAAUGCAAUCUUGCCUAUUUCUUCCAAAUCCCUAAGGGUAUUUUUGUUCAAACGGAGUCCCUGAACGGGACCCUGUUCAAUCAUUGUUAUCUUACUUCUCAAUGGAAUCUGGAAGAUCUCUCGGAUUCUGUGGCCGUCACGGAUUUAAAGCCAUUGAUUUUUUAUUCCACCAAAGAGCCAAGGAAGGUAUUCGUGUUCAAGGACGAGUUCAAAUUCAAUGUUCAUUUCCGAUACAAUCCCGCCAAAUUGCCUGAGGGUAUGCGUUAUUAAAGAAUUGCAAAAAUUAUUGUUGUAGAGGAGCUCCCGAUUGUGGAGAUUGGUCCCCCGAGAGUUUAUCUAAGAUGCAAGGAGAACGAGACCUUAUUGGAGGACAAGUCUUGCUUUAAGAAUAGGGAAAAUGUAGGUUUGGUAUUCUGAAGGGUUUUCGGUUAACUACCUAGGGAAGUCGUUCAAAUUGCAAAUGAGAUGAGCUGUGGGACCGAUAUAUUCUGAUUCUCCAAAUUCGAAGACGGUGAGAGCUAAAAGGUUUUUGCGUCUUGGCCCUGAUUUUCGAGAAAAUCGGCCGUAAAUUUUUAUCGGAAACCCCGCUAAAUAGUCCUUGCUCCGAACGAAAGACUUUGCAAAAAGAGCUAAAUGGCGGAGGGUGAGCGAAAACGCUUUCAAAAUCCAUUUGUCCGUGAUGCCGGGGAGGUUCUAGACCCGCUAGGCGCAAACACUGAUGUAGAAAUUUAUAGUGUUUGCAAAGCAAAAAAUAUUUUACUUUCUACACAUUUUGGGGAAAAUAUUGAAAUGCGGAGUUGGACGAUUGGGGAAAAAGACGAUUGGGGAAAGGGACGAUUGGGGAAAAAGACGAUUGGGGAAAAGUACGAUUGGGGAAACCGAAAAGUAUUAUUUUUCUUCCAUGCAAAUGUCGAAGUUAGGAUAAUAGAGGGUGCUCAUUUCGAAAAUGACAUUCAUUUUUUUGAUUCUUACUUUUUUCCUUAAGUAGUACUGUAAAGUAGUAAUUUUUGAUUUUUUUUCAUAAAUACUCGAUUUGGGGGUUUUCGAGGGUGCUGAUUUCGAAAAUCAUGUUCAUUUUUCCUCUAGUACUAUAUAGUACUAUCCUGAUACUAUAUAGUACGAGGUCAAAAUAUGGCUUUUGACGUUAAUGGUGUUGUUUUGAUGCUUAGUACUCUUCAAAAACACGUUUUAAAGACUUGGUGCUAUAUAGUACUGUCUGAUACUAUGUAGUACGAAGUAAAAAUAGGCGUAGUAAGCACCAGAACAACACCACGAACGCCUAAAGGCCAACUUUACACCUCGUACUACAUAGUAUCAGGUAGUACUAUAUAGCACCAAGUCUUUAAAACGUGUUUUUUGAAGAGUACUAAGCAUCAAAACAACACCAUUAACGUCAAAAGCCAUAUUUUGACCUCGUACUAUAUAGUAUCAGAAUAGUACUAUAUAGUACUAGAGGAAAAAUGAACAUGAUUUUCGAAAUCAGCACCCUCGAAAACCCCUAAAUCGAGUAUUUAUGAAAAAAAUCAAAAAUUACUACUUUACAGUACUACUUAAGGAAAAAAGUAAGAAUCGAAAAAAUGAAUGUCAUUUUCGAAAUGAGCACCCUCUAUUAUCCUAACUUCGACAUUUGCAUGGAAGAAAAAUAAUACUUUUCGGUUUCCCCAAUCGUACUUUUCCCCAAUCGUCUUUUUCCCCAAUCGUCCCUUUCCCCAAUCGUCUUUUUCCCCAAUCGUCCCAGUUCCUUGAAAUGCAUGCCGAAUAGGCAUAUAUUUUUGCGCUGCGCUGGACUGAAAAUGAAUUGUUUAUUCUUGAAAAACUACUGGUCUGAAAUUAUCGGGGUACCCUUUACCACAAAAAUUUUUAAAAAUUUUGUUUUUGUCCCGUUCAAUAUCAAAGCUCUGUGAACAUGGGUUUGCGCCUAGCGGGACUCGAACCUUCCCCGGCAUUGCGGGCAAAAGGAUUUUGAGAGCGUCUUCACUCACACUCCGCCAUUUGGCUCUUGUUGCAGUCGAUUUUCUCGAAAACCAGGGCCCAGACGCAAAAAUUGUUUUAGCUCUUACCGUUUUCGAAUAUGGAGAAUCAGAAUAUACCGGUCCCAUAGCUCAACUUAUUUGCGAUUUGAACGACUUCCCACGUAAAUCACUUUAAGCUGGCUUGUGGCUGCCAAGCAACGCCCAAAUGUAGUUUUAUUCGAUUGACUCCAUCCAAUUCAACUCCCAAACAGAAGGCAACUGUGCCCGCAGGCGAUAAAUCUGAAGCGAAAUGGGUGGUCACAUUAACACUGGUGUCCUUAUUUAUUUGUCUUCUUAUUAUAUCCAUGUCAAAGCCACAUGUCGUGAAGGAAAAGGAUGAUUGA